AUGAAUCAAAGCACCACAAUUGAUCCUCCGGUCAAUGGAGACCACCCAAGUGUCCUUGGAGAAUCUCGACUGCAACCACAUGACACUAUUUCCAAACACAAAAUCAACAAGCUCAUCCUCAACUACUUCAUCCAGGAAGGUUUCCAGAACGCUGCUUUGAGUUUUGCCAAAGAAACCGCGCUAAAACUCGACAACAAGCCAAAAGUGGAGUUCCCUAAUCGGUCUGGAGCACUUCUGAUUGUUUCAGCCGCCAACAUGGAGCCUGUAGACUUUGUUCUGGCCGUUAAACGAUACGCAGAGCUGAAGGCGCAGAAUCAUGGUGAUUCGAUGUCUUUCCAAACGGAAUCGGCCUCUGAAAUGGUGAAAGGAUACUCGUCGAUCGAGAAGAGAAAGAGAAUUAAGUACCUUAUCUUGAAGGGAGAUAUAACGCAGGCUAUUCACAUCAUCAGUACCUAUUUCCCCACAGUUCUAGACUCGAACAACCUUUUACUCUUCAAGUUGCUCCGGUUGAACUUGAUAGAGAUGAUUCGUGAACACAAGUUCCAGACGGAGUCAGAGAAGUCUAGUGGUGCCGAUUCAGAGCGCAAAUUCUUGGAAGACAUUCUCCUGUUUGUGAGGGAGAACUUGAUUAGCAAAGUCACCCAUUCCCAUGAGCUAUUGAAGGAGUUGGAAAUGACUAUGAGUCUCCUCUGUUUCAAUUUCAAUCCUAGAAAACCAAUUGAAGAGUUGACAGAUUUACCAGAGGAAUUGCGUGUGUUGUUCGAUCUUUCUUUGCGGAAUGAAUGCUACAGGGUGGUUAACAGGGUCAUUUUACUGUUGGAAUCUUCGGAUCUGGAUAUCCAGAAGUACAAGGGACUCGCAUACACCGACUUCAGUCCAGCAAUGCUUCAAAAACUCCCACACGCAUUACCUUUGCCGUCGCACGAGGAUGUGGAGAUGGCCGAUGCUGCUCUCGGUGAAUCGACAAAGAAUAUGGAUAAUAUCGUGUCGUUUGUACAUCCACUUCCCCAGAGACCCGAAUCUGCAACGCCGAAUGGAGAAGAAGCAGUCGUGGAGCAGACAUUGGAAUCUCAUUUGGAGAGAAUUGCUUUGCUUUGGAUAGCCACUGAGCAGAGACUCGUAGAGAGAAAACUCAUUCCCUCGAAGCGAUACGGGCUCGAAAAAACAGAUGGGGUAGAGAGGCUCUAA